AUGCCAUGCCUUGUGACCUCUAGUUUCAAUCCAAGUUCCAACCAAGAUCGCAGCCCCACCGACAAUAAGGCUUCCAUAGCCCUCCUGCGCCGCCUCCGCGCCGGAGGCGACGACGUCCAGUUCUUCCACCACGUCGACGUCUGCGCUGCUCCUCCCGAGGUUUUCGUCGCUGAUCUGGAGCCGGUGCCGGGAACCGGUCUCGAAGACGACGGCUACAGCAGGAUCUGGUACUUGUACCACGCCAAGAAGUUCACGAACACGCGAGGCAAGCUCAGCGGGUACAGGCAGCGCGCGGUCACCGGCGGUGGCGGCACUAGCUGGCACUCGGAGAUAAGCCGCAGGGACGUCCAGGGAUCCGGUGGCGGCACGUUCUGCACCUUCUCCUACGGCCGCAAGACGGAGCCCUCCGCUCGAUCGAUCGACAGGAUGGGGUGGUGCAUGGUGGAAUACGACUUCGUCGCCGCCGACAAGAAACAAGAUGAAGCCGCCGCGGACAGCAGCAACUACUAUCAGCCACAAGCAGACGUGCAGGAGGUUGCCGUGCAGCAGCCAGCAGGCCCAGGCGGUGACUUCAACUUCAACAUCGAAGAAAUCAGCUUCUACGUCGACGACGAGUGCAUGUUGCGAGCUGAUGAGUCGGAGCAGGGACGACGGGGACUGCAGCAGCCAAUCUCCGAGCCGAAGCAGCACGACGUCGAGUUCAUCCGGCUACCGUGUGGUCCGGUGGUGCCCGUGGUGGCCGAAGCCACCGUUUAA